GGUGAUAAAGGUGGUGGUGGUGAUGGUAGUCGCGGUGGUGGUGGUGGUGGUGGUGGUCGUCGCAGUAGUGCCAGGGCGGAGAGGAGCUCAGUAUCGCCUUGGCCACGGUGAAGGGGAGACACACACCGCUCCCUCUGCCUGAUGCACUCUCCCUGCCCUCCUCACUCCCCUCUUGGUCCAUCGCAAACCCUCAACGUCGCUCCCCUGACCUGUGACCCUUGACCUGUGAAACACCCCACCGCCAUGCCCGCCCUUCCAAAAUGAAGCUUGUGGUGCGAUAUAUAGAAAAAACAUUACCCAAAGUGCUCCAUCUGAGGCCAUAUGUAGUUGGCCCUAACUUCCCUCAAUAAAGACAAGACUGAAACGACCAGCCACACGUUCUAGCCCGGGAAGAAGAUGGUCAAUGAGAAAUAAAUUACAUACAUGCGGCUGGCUACUUGUGCGGCGUGUGGUGGUGGCGGUGGUGGUGGUGGCGGCGGUGGUGGUAGUGGUGCUGUGAUGGUGGUUGGUAGUGGUAGUGGUGGUGGUGCUCGCGGUGUGGUGGUGCUUGUGGUGGUGGUGCUGGUGGUAGUGCUGGGUGGGGAGGGGAGAGGGUGUGGUGGGGAAAGGCUGCCUCGCUCGCCAUCACACGCCAGAGCUCUUCAGAAUACCCUUCCGUCAGCCACGAGUGACAUGAAGGUUGAUGUGUUAUCCAGGUACCCCGGGCAGGAUGACUAUAUUAGCCCUACGAGGGAACUCUGGGCAGCUGACGGACGCUCUGCCCAUCUCGCCUGUAACCUCACUUCGCCCCUGCCUCACGACAUACCUCGCCUCGUGCUGUGGUACAAGAAGGGACUGCUCAAACCUAUCUACAGCUACGACAUGAGGAACGGGCCGGCGCUACAUAGGAAGAUCAACUCCCACCUGGGUUCCCGCAUUACCUUCGAUGGCGCGCGCAACGUCCUCGUCAUCCAGCGGGUCAGAAUCGGCGACGGGGGCAUCUACCGGUGUCGCGUGCACUUCAGGACAAACCCAACACUUACCUACACCACCAACCUGUCGGUCUUAAUCCCGCCCCGUCACAUGAUGUUCUACACGGAGAUGGGUGAGGAGGCGAAAGGAACCAUAGGACCUUACGUGGAGGGCGACAACCUCACCCUCCACUGCCGAGUGCGGGGUGGCUACCCAUCCCCGACAGUCACAUGGUGGAACGGGGAGGAGCUGGUCGACGCGGAGGUGGAAGAAGAGGAGACAGAGGUGGUGACCAACACGCUGACUAUAUCCCAGCUUACCCGAGCCGACCUCCACAAGAAGCUGACCUGCCACGCUAAUAAUAACAACCUGACGGAAUCUCUCACAGCCACGAUCACUGUUGACAUGCACUUCCCCCCGCUGUUGGUGAAGGUGGUGGGGGAGCGAAAGCCCCUCAGCGCUGGAAGACCAUACGAUAUCCGAUGCCUGGUAACGGGGAGCCGGCCGCCUGCCAUCGUUACCUGGCGCCUUGACGAUGCCAGGCUCAACUCUCACAGCGAAAAGCUAACGGAGGAAGGGAACGUGACGAGAAGCGAGCUGAGGUGGACACCAAGCGUGAGGGACGAAGGCAGAGUCCUCGCUUGUCGGGCAGAAUCUCCGACUCUCUCCACGCCGCCCCUCACAGACCAGUGGAAGCUGCAAGUGUUCCACGUUCCCGUGACGAGGAUGCGGCCCGGUCGUUCCCUCAAUCUGAGCAACAUCGAGGAAGGGGACGAUGUUUACUUCGAGUGCUCCAUCAAGGCCAACCCCCCCGUGACCCAGAUCUCUUGGCUCCAUGAGGGUAAGAAACUGGAGCAUAACGUGACGGCAGGAGUGAUUAUCAGCAACCAAUCACUCGUCCUGCAGAAGGUGACGAGAGAUGAGUCAGGGAACUACUACUGCGUGGCCACGAACAUCGAGGGUGACGGCCACUCUAACCCCAUCGUCCUGAGAGUCAAAUACGCUCCAGUGUGUAGGGAGGGGCAGGAGGCGUAUCACGGCGCGGCCAAGCAUGAGGAGGUGCAGAUCCCCUGCCAGGUGGAUGCUCACCCUCUGCCGACCUCCUUCAAGUGGACCUUCAACAACAGCGGCGAAAGUGUUGACAUUCCCCAGACCCACACAGAUAAGCUAGGAUGGCAGUCCACGGUUCGCUACACGCCAAACACGGAGCUGGACUACGGAACGAUGCUCUGCUGGGGAACUAACCCUGUAGGGACUCAGCUCACCCCCUGUGUCUUCCAUAUCUUCCCCGCUGGCCGCCCUGACCCCGUUCAUAACUGCUCGGUGUAUAACUUGUCUGUGACGGUGGUGAACGCGAGGUGUGUAGCGGGCUUUGAUGGGGGACUCCCGCAGACGUUUAUCCUUGAACUGUACGAGCCUCACUCACACAAACUAUUAGCUAACGUAACUAGCAAGGUGCCGGAGUUCAGCGUGCCGGGCCUUUCCGCCGGGCUGGCACUGAUGGGCGUUGUGUUUUCCACGAACGAGAAGGGGCGCGGCGAAAUGGUCUCUUUCCCCGCCUACACCAUCAAGGACGUGGCCGAGAGACGAACAGCCGCCGUGAAGCCUCCCCCCGCCCACGACAAAGAGCUCUACUCCCCUCACGCUCAAGUCCAUUAUUGCUCUGGCGGUGGGCGGGGCCGUGGGCGUGCUGGUGGUGGGAGUGGUGGCGUGCGUGGUGGUGAAGCUGAGAUCAGAGGGACAGAGGGAGUGCGGGAGACAUCAGAGGCUGGUGGAGGGAGGCGUGGUGGUGGUGGAGGGGAGGGGGUAAGGAAGAAGGGAGAGGGACGACGCCUCCUCCCUCCACUACCCACUCCGCCACCACCCUCCAGGACGUGCCUCCGCUGCCCCCCUCUUCCUCCACCGCCUCCUCCAGGGACACGGAGGAGGUGAAUCCUGAUCUCAUUCCACACACAGAAAGCGAGACAUGGAAUGGCAGGGGUGGGAGGCGUGACCACUAUCAGCACAGUCACCCUGCCUCCAUCCUACACCACCCUGCCGCCUUCCUACGCCACCCUGCCUAGAACCGCGCACCUGCACUCCCACGCCUCACCCUAUCAGCAAACACAGCAGCAGCAGCAGCAGCAGCAGCAGCAGCAGCAGGACGUGUGCAGCCUCACCACCACCGCCACCACCGCCACCAAGUACAACGGAACUCGUGCUCACCGGCCCCACUCCCCCCAUCGCCCCCCACCACCACCACCACCAUCACCACGCCACCACCACCACCCCGACCACCCCUCCCCCUCCCCCCGCCACCACCACAACGAGUUAUGUACACCUCGCCUGAUGCUCACCACCACCUCCACCACCAUCACCACCUCCUGCACCACCACCACCACCAUCACCCUCACUACCCACACGUAAACCCACAUGCGCACCCACACGCGGCCGGUGGCUCCCCCCUCCCGCAGCCCGCAGCCUCACCGCAGCGCCCCCGCCGCCCCACACGCAGGAGUCUUGGCAGCCGGCGGAGAGGCGGAUCGUGAGGCGACACUCCCUUCGUCGUGAUCCUUAUAUGUGUCACGAUAAGGGAUCGCCGCCCCCUCCCCUGACCCCACAAGGCCAGAAGGAGAGCUCCGUCUAGGCAAUCAUCCCCAAGAAUCCCUUCAAUCAAGUUCGCUUCACCUUUCAAGUCCACGUUAUCAAAACACUUUUCAAAGGAAUGUGCGUAUCCACGACAUGACAUUGCUACCCUUACUACUACAGCUUCACAGGGCAUCAGGGUAAGGAUACGCCUUCAGGAUGUACUCUACAGCAUUGAAGGAACGCCUCGAAGGACAAAGGGAUGGAGGCUUAAGGACCUAGCCGCCUGAUAGUGUGUGCGGGCCAUUUGUCUCUCUCCAUCCCCCGAAGUGGCCACGCCGAUGCUGCAGGCUCACGUCCACACACUCCAGGCUGCCUUCCUUAUCAACUGAUCGAUUUCUUGCCGUUUCCCUUCUUUUACGCCGGCACAACCCAGGCCAAGAAACCGUCAUUCGUCUGUGUCUUUCCGCCUCUCGCCUCUCGCCUCCCCUUUCUCUCCUGCGCUAAAUCCAGUCCCUCCCACUCAGUCAGUCAGUCAGUCUCUCUCUCUCUCUUUCUCUCUCUCUCUCUCCUCUCUCUCUCUCUCUCUCUCUCUCUCUCUCUCUCUCUCUCUCUCUUGCUCGCUCGCUCGCUCUUCAGUUCCUUCCUUUCUUCCUUACUACUACUACUACUACUACUAAUACUAAUACUACUACUGCUCCUACUGUUUUUUAUCGAGUCCCAGAUCGCAAGGUCCCACUCAUGUGAAAUUUAUCAGACGCAUGGACGUUCACGUGACGUCACUCAUAAUCUUCCAUGUCAGUCAAACAUCAAACAUAACUACAGCGCCAAUCCCGCCACCAUCCCUAGCGAGGCUGUCACUUCGGCCAGCUUAUAGAAAAAAUAAGAUUAGAAAAUAUAUAGAAAAACACAUCCAAAGGUGCUUUGAUCUCUCUCUCUCUCUCUCUCUCUCUCUCUCUCUCUCUCUCUCUCUCUCUCUCUCUCUCUCUCUCUCUCUCUCUCUCUCUCUCUCUCUCUCUCUCUCUCUCUCUCUCUCUCGUUUCCGUAGUCUCCCACAGGGAUUUUCAUUUCCGUAUUGACAUCCUCAGCGAAUAGAAAAAUGUGAAAGAGGAUGAAAAUACAUUACAUCAAUUUUGAAUUAUCAAAAAAAAUGUGAUUAUUUAGUGUUUUUUACCUUUUUUUUUUCAUGGUUCCAGAAAAUUAGAGACCUCAAGUGUUUUUUCGCUAGAGGACUAUAUGUAAUGUGAACAGCUGCAUAAACACACACACACACACACAGACACACACAUACACACACACACACACACACACACACACACACACACACACACACACACAAGCCAGCAGGGUUUGUGAGACUCAUAUGCUUGUCAUACAAGCAUCAGGAAGGAGGUCGUCCCUCUCAGCAGGGUCUCGCCCUCGAAAUGCGGUGGUCUCUUUCAGGGGUCACCGGAGCGUCGAGGCCGCUGACUGUGACCCUCGAGAGCGUGCUGUGGGUUAAGAGUUUUGAUUUGUUAUCUUUUCUCCACGUCUUUUCCUGACAAACGAGAUCCGCCACGAGCUGGAGUGACUGCGUCCCUCGCGCCCCCGCCCCAUACAUGGCUCUGAUUGGGAGCCGCUCCGCCGUCAGCCACACACAAUGCUCAAUAAGCCUCUGCAAAAGCCCUUCUUGGACAAUAUAUAUCUGGCCGCUGAUUGGACGAGACUCACGACGUCAGCCAAUAAGGUGACGCCGCCCAACCAAGAACAAACUACCAGAGCCACGGUAAUUCCUCCCACGGGGCGCCGCUGGAGUUACCACCCGGGGAUCAAGUUAAACCAUUUCGCCCAGACAGCGCACUCGACCCAACUCCGGGACAAUCCCUAGGCGAAGAGUGUCUUGAGGGUGGCGGGGAAAGAGAGGACAACGCUGACUGCCUUCACGACACGCAGAAACAGACAGACGGACAUGGGUGAGAAAUUACACUCACCAAAGAGGAAAAUGAGAGCAAUGAGAGCGAAGCAGAAUGGUUAGGAGGAUGUUUGUCAAUAGCCGAGCGAGGAGACUGAUUGGCGGUGAUAGCGUGUAAUAAGGGAUGAAUGCAUACGAUCACUGCAACAAGAUAGGAAAGGACGACCAAUAACCCGAGGACAUAAAUACCAUGGACACAGUAAAGAAGGAAAGCAGAAAAAUGAGAGAAAGAAUAUAAGACGGAGGGAAUAGGAUGAUGAAUAAUAAAUGUGUGGCAAUAAAGAAGGAAUCGUGAGGGAGCAAAAAAAUAAAAUAGCAAUGUAGUUGAACGGACGAUGGAAUAUCUUAACAAAAAUAAUGUGUGUGGUUCAUUCAUUUGGUGGCACGCCUGACCCCAGGUGUUCCCCACAGGUGUGUGUGUGCAUCACUGAAGAACUUUGUAUAUGUUCUCAUUGUAUUUUUAUAUACAAAUAAAUCAUUUCAUUAUA